CUUCCGAUUACAUGGCGGGAGAAAAGGUUGAAGAUUUGUUUUGUUGUACUUUAUUUAGCUGAACAAACUUGCUGCCAAUGUAUACUCCAACUUUAACUUUCUUAAAAAUAUAACGCUGAUGUGAUGUACGGGACACCACCACUUAACUCUGAGAAUCCCAUGAUAUAUGGAAGCCCACCUCUUACCUCCGGGAAUCCUAUGGCCAUGUCCGCCCAGGUAGGAUACGGUCCACCAAUGUCCUCUCCGUAUACAGCGCCAACCCCGGGGACCUCGUCCCAGGCUGGCUCAACGCAGGGGUCUUCCUACCUCAUGGGGCAGUUACAAUCACCCGUCCACCCUAUACUUCAGCAGAUCGACGCCAUGAACAACAUGUAUGCCCGUGUCCCUACUACCACAGUACAGGGUCAAGGGAGUCUACAAAUGGCUGGGCAACAGCCGGAUCAGGAAGAAAUCAAAGAUGAUGGGGUACAAGAGAGUGUUAGUUCGGAGGUAUUUUCUGUGUACAAGUAUAGAGAAAUCGUUCCUGGUUGUCAGCCCCAUCCCGGUGACAUAGUGGAGGCAGGUCCUCUUGCUUCGUUGUUACCACCUGAGCCGGUGUACCCCCUGGCAGACAGCCUCCCUCGAGAGAUGAUAACAUCCUGUAAACUCAGCAGUCUUCAGCUUGAGGGCAUCCUGUAUGCUUGCCAGAGACACCAGACCAUGUUGCCGAACGGUCAGCGUGCAGGAUUCUUUAUUGGGGAUGCAGCUGGUGUUGGCAAAGGUCGACAGAUAGCUGGUAUCAUCGUGGAUAACUAUGCUAGAAAGAGGACAAAGCACAUCUGGUUUACAAUUUCAUCAGAUCUAAUUGUGGACUCUAGGAGGGACCUUACAGACAUUGGAUGUUACGUGAAGGUGAUCGACGGCUGUCAGGAACUCGACCGAGAAACAAGAGUUUUGGGUUUGCCUGCAGACUUUAAGGAGGGUAUAGUGUUCAGUACCUACGCUACGCUGGUCUCGUCUGUUUAUAGGGGAAGUGCCAUCAGUGGGAGUAAGACGAGUCGACUACAACAGUUGGUAGACUGGUGUGGAGGGCCACAGUUCCAAGGAUGUCUCAUAUUUGAUGAAUGUCACAAGGCGAAGAAUUUUGUCCCUGGAAAGGAGCAUGCCAGCACCAAGGUAGCAAUGGCCGUUAUGUCAAUACAGAGGAUGUUGCCAAAAGCUCGAGUUGUCUAUUGCAGUGCUACUGGAGUUACAGAUGUUAAAAAUAUGGCUUUUAUGGAAAGACUUGGUCUGUGGGGAGAUGGGGCACCUUUCCGAUCGUUUGAACAGUUCCUUGAUCUAGUGCAGAAGAAGGGACUUGGUAUGGCGGAAAUCCUGGCUAUGGAGAUGAAGACGUCUGGAAUGUACAUCUCCCGCGGUCUCAGUUACAAACAAGCGGAGUUCAUGACAAUAGAAGCUGCACUGACAAAGGAACAGAGGAAGAUGUAUGAUACCGCAGCCCAUGUUUGGAAUGAGUUGCGUAAGGCAUUGGAGAGUGCCUUGUCUAGGACAGAUACUCAGGGUGGCCGGAUGUGGGCACAGUUCUGGGCGUCUCAUCAACGAUUCUUCAAACAGCUGUGUAUGGGUAUGAAGGUCCCAUCUGUAAUAAAAAAAUCAACGGAAGCACUUGAUGCCGGAUUCUGUGUGGUCAUUGGCCUACAAACAACGGGAGAGGCCUCUUUAGAAGCAGAGAUAGGCAAGAACAAGGGGGAGAUAACUGGCUUUGUUUCCCUGUGCAGAGAGAUUCUGUUACGCUUCAUCACACAGUAUUUUCCCACUAUGAUCGAGGCUCAGAAUUCAGAGGAUCGCGUACCAGACAGUUGGAGUGUUCAAGCCAAGGAAAUGCUCAUAGACUUCGCUCGUAAAAUAUCCUUACCUAACAGUCCACUGGAUGAGAUGAUUGACCAGCUCGGUGGUACUGAAGCUGUGGCAGAGAUGACUGGAAGGCGAGGCAGAAUUGUCCGCAAGUCAGCCAAGGACCAGCCUCACUAUGAACUAAGAACCCAAGACAUUGACAACUACGGAGGAAUCGAGAGUCUCAAUGUAACAGAGAGGAACAUGUUCAUGGCAGGGAAGAAGUUUGUUGCCAUUAUCUCGGAUGCUGCCAGCACAGGUAUAUCUCUCCAUGCUGAUACUAGAGCUGGGAACCAAAGACGGAGAGUCCAUCUAACUGUGGAACUUCCCUGGAGUGCAGACAAGGCUGUACAACAGUUAGGCAGAUCUCAUCGGUCUAACCAGUCAAGUGGUCCCCUGUAUAAACUAUUGACUACCGACCUAGGAGGGGAGAGGAGGUUCGCCGCCGCUGUAGCUCGCAGACUCCAGUCCAUGGGUGCAUUAACUAAGGGAGAUCGACGAGCAGCCACUGGAGCUAACCUUGACGAGUUCAACUUUGACACGCCGUACGGCCGCAAUGCUCUUCGCUCCAUGUAUCACCACAUUUGCCAUAGGACACUGGUGCCAGGAUUAAACCUAGCAGAUGUAUCUAAAGCCCACAAAACUUUUGAGGAGUUCAAUGUAUCAAUGCAGGAGUGUUUGGUUCUCAUGGGCCUGAUAGAGAUAGAGUCAGUGAGGAUCGGUGCGCCACCAAAGGACAAAGACAUGGGGGAUGUCUCAAAGUUCCUAAACAGGAUACUGGGGCUCGGUGUGACAAAGCAGAAUGUGAUCUUCACCUACUUUAUGGAGUGCAUGAAGUUGAUGAUACAGAAUGCCAAGACAGAAGGGAGGUAUAACGAGGGCAUGCUGGACAUCAAAGCUUCCUCAGUAGAGAUGGUCAACAAACCAAAAGGGCUGUUCAAGAACCUUACCAAGGGACAUGCAGACACCAAACUUUUGGAGCUGAAGGUCGACCGAGGAGUGAGCUGGUCAGCAGCAUUGACUAGACUGGAAACUCACAAAGGACCCAAGGAUGGAUUCUAUAUCUCAAAGCGGGAGAUUUUCGGACGGAAACUCUACAUCCUGGCAACACAGAAGGAAAACUCUAACCACCUUUUUAGAUAUACAAGACCUAACACAGGGCUGUCCCAGGUUGAUGAAGAAGAAACUGAUCUGAACCAUCGAUAUGUAGCUGUGGACCCUUCCAAGGCAGAGAAGGCAUGGACGGAGCUGUACGAACAGGCUCUGGAUCAGUGUGUCCAUGGGAAAUCCUGUAAGAAUGGCCGCCGCUGUAAAGUUGGUAUACGGUGUUAUAACAUUCACCUUGUGUGUGGUAGUAUUGUCUCCCUGAUGUCUGUGCUUGAGGCCACAUUGAACCGGUUCGCUGCCAAACUAAACCUCAGUAAGUCUGAGUCGUCUGUGCGUGUGGUGCGGGUACAGCUGGACAGUGGAGAGAGGGUGGUGGGGGUGCGCUACCCACUUAUUCUUCUGUCAGAGGUAGAGAAAGUCCUCAAGGAGCAGCAUAUGGUGGAAAGGAUACAACUCUCUCAGUCAGUGAGAAACCCUGACGAUAGUGUUGCUGCCAGUGGAAGUGAUGCUACGAGUAGUAGUGUAGAGGAUGAUGGGAAACAGGAAGUUAAGUCUGUUGUCGAGGAAGUAACUCCUGUUAAUGCCAAAUCUUUAGCUCGUGCUCUGAGACCACCAGUCACACUGAAAACAUUCUUCAAAUCUGCUGGGCAGAAGAAGACAGAGAAUGCAUGUGAAUCAAGAUCAGGUUCACCGAGUUCCCCAUCACAGUCCGGACUGGACAAACAUUUGUCUGAUGAAGAUAAGGACUCGAUCGUGUCUUCAUGCAAUGACAACACAACAUCCAACAAAAAUCAUAAUUCUGAUAAUUUGACAGAAAAUGAUGACAAGCAGCUGUUGUCCCAGUCUAGUGCUAAUCUAGAAAAGUGCGGUUCGAGUACAAGCAAUGUUCAAAGUUCAGAAACAAGAGAAAGUAACUCUUCAAAGACAAGUUCUGAUAGUAUGUCUAUCAUUAAGUCUGAGCUUAGUGAUACAAACUGUAAAAUUUCCAAUAGUCCAAUCUCAAAACCAGAUUCAAACUCAGGGAAAAGUAGUAUAUCUAAGAAACGUAGUGCAGCGAGUGGAGAAUCUUCAAGGGCGGCCAAACGACCUCGACAAUCAAAUAUCAUGUCAAUGUUCGCCAAAGCUACAGCAAAGAAGGAAGCUAAACCUAAUAUGAGCUGUCCAAUAUGUGGGAAGGAAUUUGAGGGUGAAGUAAAAAACACUGAAAUUAAUCAGCAUAUAGACAACUGUCUCAUAGAAUGAUGUAAGUGUGGAUCCUAAGUGUUAGGGGUGGCAUCGUUAUAGAGAACUGAUGGAUACUGGGUGUUAGGGGUCCCGUGGCAGUCCAUUAUUGAAUAGAAGUACUAGGGGUCACAUAGUUACAGAGUGCUGAUGGACUCUGGGUGUUAUGGGGCAGUCCAUUAUUGAAUACAAGUUCUAGGGGUUACAUAGUUACAGAGUACUGAUGGACACUGGGUCUUAUGGGGUUAAUUCAUUACUAAACAGAUGGACACUGGUUCUGGGGCCCAGGGUCACAUGGUUAUGAAGUACUGCAGAUGUUUAUUACAUUUUAGAGGGUCAAUUCAUCAUUUAAUACAGUUGGACAUUAUAGGAACUAGGGGUCACAUGGUUAUGCAAUACUACAUUUUGAGGGUCAUAUCCAUCAUUUAAUACCAAUGGACACUAGGUUUUAGGGGUCACUUAUUGAUGAAAACUGGAUGUUAGCUUAAAAUACACCAGAUGUAUCAAAUUGGAUAUAAAUUAUUAAGUUUUACAGACUAUGUUGACAAUGAUAUAUAAUAGUGCUGAGAAAUUUGUAUUUACGAGUAAUUUGUCAUGUGUUUAAAAUACAGUGAGUCAUUACAUAAACAAGCCGGUAGGUAAUAUGGAAAGUUUAGUGAGACAAAUAUAGCAUUGUGAGCCAAGAAUGUUUUAAAUGAUGAAAAAUUGAUUACUAAGAUGUUGUAUACAUGAAAAGAUGAAUGAGUGUUUUUUAAUGAUGAUAAAGUUGUAUAUAGCCUGGUGCAUGCAUUGAUUGUGUCGUUGGUUUUUUAUGUUCAGGUGAAUAAUUGUGAUUGUUUGACACAUGUAAACCUGUAGGCUUCACUCUACAUUCCCUUGUUGCACUCGGCUGUCUACAGACAGGUUGAUAGAAUAUGUAAUGGUUGUCACUAAUCAUAUAAGAUCUUUUGCCCUUGAAAUUGGACACCAAAGAAAUUCAUAUUGGUUUUUAGUUUUUAAUUUAAUUUUUUUUAAGAUUAGUGCUAACAUGUUUGUUAUCUUUAAUCUUCUUCUCCUGUAUGGAUAAAUAGAGGUUUCACACGAGUAAGUUAUUUUUUAAAAGUUACAAAAGACACGAGCUUUAGCGAGUGUUUUUUGCAACUUUUAAAAAAUAACUUACGAGUUUGAA